AUGUCUGGAUUCGAAGUGGCGGGAGUCAUUUUGGGAAGCAUCCCCCUCAUCAUUUCGGCUCUUGAACACUACAAGCACAGCAUUUCAACAGUUCGAACUUUGCGGAACUAUGAUGGCGAGCUUCGCAGCCUGAUCUGGAACCUCGAGACGGAGAGGGUCAGGUUCCAGGAUGUCUGCGAAAAACUCCUUAUUGGCUUGGUGCCUUCUUCUCAGAUUGAUUUUAUGGUGAACAAUCCAUUUGAUCCAGCAUGGAAUGAAGAUCCGAUCCAGGAAAAGUUUAAAUCCCGACUAUGGAGGUCCUUUUGUGUAUUCGAGGAAAUUUUUAAGGACAUGGAGGAGGCCAUCCAAAAGAUGAUGAAGAGACUUGACCUCCAACCGGAUGGAACAAUCAAAUGGAAAAAGGCUUCAUCUGUUUUGAGAGAGUUCAAGUGCGCUUCAUUUGUUCUCAGAAGGUCCGCUCAUGCGAGACAGCUAGCAACAAUCAAGGACGGAGUUGGCAUUUUGGAGUCUUUAAUUGGACGAAACGUUCAUAUGGAACCAGAGAGACACUUGCGUUGUCAAGGGCGGUUUAUGGGUUUGGUACGAGAUAUUUCGGGCAGCACAUACCGCGCACUGCGAUCCGGCUUUCAAUGCAACUGCGAACAUGAGAUGCACCUUGGUUUGGUAUCGAGAUCAGUUAAGAUGGGACAAAAGGAUGAUGACGAAGACAUCAUCCAAAAACUUUAUUUUCAGCUGGCUCUGACUUAUCGCGAAGAAGUGGAAGAGACAAUGCAACCUCAUGAGCGCGUUUCUCGGACAGAGGUCCUUAUUCGAGCGCUUCCUUGCAGGACUGAACACAACCUACGCUCAACAGGAAUGCCACCACAGAGACAGAAGUCAAAUGGCGAGAAGAGAAAGAGGGUAAGUAUAUCACCUUUCCAAUCCUCGGCAACCACCACAACUGGGACUGAGCGAACAUCGGCUUCAACCAUGGUAAUUCAACAGCCCUUCUCAGAGCUGAGCACCAAUUCGAUUAGUCCAAAGUUUAACGGCCAAAUAAACAUUUGCGAAAGCAUACGUCAGAGCCAAAACCACCUCGAGUUUGAUUGUUAUGGCAUGAUAACUGACAACACGCUACAAACGUCGCGAGAAUUCGGAGUUUAUUCAACAAGAUCAAGUUCGAACCGAGACAAUUGGUCAGUAGUAUCACUGAGAGAAAUCCUUGAGCUGCCACUUUCUUGCAUGCCUGUCCCGGCAAAGUUGCACUUGGCAACUAUGAUUUCCUCAAGCUUCCUUCAACUUCAUCAGACGCCUUGGCUUCCAAAUAUGUUCACAAGCCAUGACAUCUUCUUCUUAAAGAAAGGCCCAAAAAUGCAAUACGAGCACGCAUUUGUCAUGAGGAAAUUUCCCGAGAGACUUCAGGAGAGCCAGGACAACAAUGAAUAUGUCCCUAGCAAUGGCAGUCCAGCCUUGCUUUCGCUAGGGAUUCUGCUACUUGAACUCGGUCUAGGAAGGACAAUAGAUUCGCUCCGUGUUCAGUCCGAAGAAAAUUCAGAUGGAGUUCCAAAUUUGAUGGACGAAUUGGUGGCGGCACAGAGUCUACUGCGACAGGACUCACUGCUCAGCUUGAACUAUAUUGAUGUCGUGCAACUUUGUAUUUGGGGUGACUUUGGCGGACCGAAACCGGACUUAAACGACGAAGACUUUCUACAAGAGGUGUACGUGAGAGUUGUUGCGUCAUUGGAAACUGGACUUCGGAAUGCGACAUGGUCUCAUAGGCGAGCCAACUAA